AUGUCUUCUCAAUCAAGAGUUGUCAGAAGAAAUUGCGCUUUUUGUGCAAAAGCUGAGAACAGGAAGCAAAUGAUCCCAGUCACGAAAAACAAGGAGCAACUUCUUGUUUGGAAUCAACGACUAGGAGCUGAGUUUCAGGAAAAUUGUGAGAAAACGAUUACUCCGUAUCUGUGUCUCUCACACUUUCCUCGAAAGAAAGCAGAAUUUCCUCGGUCCAAAAUUAGUCCGUACUUGAAUGGAAAACCUCCUAAUUUGGCGAGAGAUGGUUAUUAUGAUACUUCAACUGACUCCUCUAUUUCUUUGUCUUCAUCUAUGUCUUCUAAAUCUCUAGAUUCUUCUUCUGAUUUUGAUGUUGAAUCCGAUAAUGAGAGUGAGAACGAUAUAUGUUCUGAAGAUGAUAAUACCUGUGCCAAUGAGGACAAUGUUUCUUUGUAUCAAAUCUCUAAAGUGAUCUGCGACACUGAACUAUUGAUGCCACACAUUUCUAAAUGUUGGGAAUGUUUGAAAAGUGGAAAACAUUCUUCUGGAGUUGGUUGUUUCUGUAGACGGGGUGCAGCAGUAACUGCUAUAUUCAAAUGCUCUAUUUGUGCUAAUACGUGGAAAUGGAGCUCGUCUGAUAUCGUGGAUAUACCUUCUAAGCCAGGACCGAAGCAAUUUGAAAUCAAUCUUAGUUUAUCGUCAGCCCUUCUAACGUCUGGAAACGCAUUCACAGUAAAUUAG